GAAGUCUCAACCAUAAAUUCAAUUCACAAUCGAAUCCUUAGAGAAUCGUGCUGUGUGGAGAAAAAUUAUUGUUCUAAGUACACGAAAAGUGUAACAUAAAGCCGGGAAAAUGACUUGGAAAAAUUCACAAAUUUCAAAUAAAUUUCCCACUUAUCGUAAUAGCGCUUUUAUUACAACUCACAGCUGGCUCGAGGGUAAACGAAAGGAUGAUAAUGCCGAGGGGCUCUGGCGUGUCCACGACUCAAUUUAUGAUUUAUCCGACUUUAUAAAUAAACAUCCAGGUGGUCCUGACUGGUUAAAACUCACCAAGGGCACCGAUAUAACUGAACUCUUCGAGGCUCACCACUUAACAAGCACACCCGAACGGAUCCUUGAGAAAUAUAAGGUUCGAGAUGCUAAAGAGCCUAGGAACAUCACGUUAUCACUCAAGGAGGAUGGUUUCUAUAGAACUCUAAAAUCGCGCGUCAUUGAAAAGCUAAAAACUAUUGAUUGUAAAAAAUACAGCGCCAGAUCAGAUCUCAUUCACUCAUCGAUUCUAGCUCUAUCAUAUAUCUUUUCAAUGGCAAGUGCCUUUUACGAAAGCAAAAUCCUCGGGAUAAUUGCCGGUCUCUUCAUCACUUGGACUGUGAUAAUUGCACAUAAUUACUUCCAUCGCAAGGACAAUUGGCGGAUGUACACCUUCAAUCUUUCCUUGAUGAACUACAAGGAUUGGCGAGUCUCCCACGUUUUGUCACAUCAUAUGUUCCCGAAUUCCUAUCAUGACUUAGAAUUAUCCGCGUACGAGCCAAUCUUCUGUUGGGUUCCAAAUCCUUUUAUUAAGAACUUCACACAGCGAUACAUAUCGUGGAUUUAUUUCCCCUUCGUCUACACAGUUAUCACGAUUUUGGAAUAUAUUAAGAGGACUGUCUACAGCAUCGCAAAAGGAGUCAACCUUAUUGAACCCAACGACGCUCUUUCACUCACGGUACCACUGGCAAUGUACGUGGUCAACAGCAGCGCACCCCUCAAAGUCUUGCAGUUAUGGCUAAUCAUUUUGCUAAGUGCUAGCUUCACAUUCGCUCUGAUCGGUCUUCAUGCCGCCCAUCAUCUUCCUGAAAAUUUACACGAAGGAGACGCAAUGAGAGAUAACCGAGACUGGGGACUAUAUCAAAUGGAUACAAUUAUUGAUCGACGCGAUCUGAAAGGAUCACAGUUUCUGGUUUUAACUCAUUUUGGUGAUCACACUUUGCAUCAUUUGUUCCCAACUUUGGAUCAUGGAAUUUUGCCACACCUUUAUCCAAUUUUGUAUCAGACGAUUGAAGACUUUGAAGGUCAAUUAAGAGAAUGCAGUUGGUUGCAUCAUAUUAUUGGGCAGUUCAAGCAAUUGGCAAGAAUCACUCCGAAUCCUCUCCCUCCUAAAAAUUAAGAUAAUGUCCGUUUUGUUUGUUGUUAUGGUCUUAAUUUAGAAAUUCAGACCAGUUGUUGAUAAAUUUAAAAUAAAACAAAUGAAUUCCCAUGAAAA